UUCAUCACAAUCUACAAGCAAAAGCAUGUGUAGGUUAGCUCAUAAACCAGUUUUUAAAUUUUUAAAAAUCAAACGCCAUUUACUAAAAAUAGUUUUAUUUAAUAAGUUAUAAUUGUGAAAAAAAACAAAACAAGAUGACAAUUGUUGAGUACAUACAGACACUGUCAGACAAUCCUUACUUUGGAGCAGGUUUUGGUUUAGCAGGACUAGGUGUUGGUGCAGCUUUUUUACGAAAAGGAUCACAAGUUGCGACUAUUCUUUUCAAGCGUCAUUAUAUGAUUACCUUAGAAGUUCCAUGUCGUGAUAAAAGUUAUCAGUGGUUACUUCAAUGGAUAACACACAAAGGUGCUCGUAAAACUCAACAUUUAUCCGUAGAAACUAGUUUUGAAUUAAAAGAAACUGGUCAUGUCAAAACAAAAUAUGAUUUUAUACCCAGUAUUGGUACCCAUUUUUUAAAAUAUAAAGGAAAUUGGAUAAAAGUUCAAAGAACACGAGAGCAACAGACACUAGAUCUACAUAUGGGAAUACCAUGGGAAACUGUUCAAUUAACAGCAUUAGGAAAUGACAAAAGUAUUUAUUUUGAAAUUCUCGAAGAAGCCCGUCAAAUGGCAUUGAAAGAACAUGAAGGCAAGACAAUAAUGUACACUGCUAUGGGAAGUGAGUGGCGUCAAUUUGGUCAUCCACGUAAAAAACGUCCAAUAGAUUCAGUUGUUCUAGGGGAUGGAAUAGCUGAGAGAAUCCUAAAUGACUGCAAAGAAUUUAUUAACAAUCCUGGAUGGUACAGCGAUCGAGGAAUACCUUAUCGACGUGGCUAUUUACUCCACGGUCCUCCAGGAUGUGGCAAAUCCUCAUUCAUUACUGCUCUUGCUGGUGAAUUAGAACGUGGAAUUUGUGUAUUAAAUUUGUCCGAACGAGGACUUACGGAUGACCGUUUAAAUCAUCUUCUUGCUGUUGCACCACAGCAGACAAUAAUUCUACUUGAGGAUAUUGACGCAGCUUUCAAAGAUCGUUCUCAAGAUACUCACACUAAAACUGCCUAUGAAGGCUUGAAUAAUUUAACAAUGAGCGGGUUAUUAAAUUGUCUUGAUGGCGUUGCUUCAACAGAAGCGAGAAUUUUAUUUAUGACAACAAAUUAUAAAGAAAAAUUAGAUGCAGCUCUCGUAAGACCAGGGAGAGUUGAUGUUAAAGAAUAUAUUGGUUACUGUAGUAAAAGUCAAGUUGAAAAAAUGUUUUUACGAUUUUACCGUGGCCCUGAUCAAACUAAAGCUCAUGAGUUAGCUAAAGAAUUUGCUCAGGGUGUUGCUAAUCAUGGAAAAGACGUCAGUCCAGCACAAAUACAAGGUUUCUUUAUGUUUUAUAAAAACAGUCCAGAACAAGUAUUAAGCAAUAUCUCACAAAUAUGGGAAUUAACUAAGUAGUAAUAAUGAUUAUUAUUACUGUUGGUAAUAAUUUAUACAAGUUAUUUAUUAUUUGUAUUGAGUACUAUUUUAAUACAAAAAAAUACAAGUUUAUUGGAAUAUUUU